UGAAAAAUUAGUAUAUGUAUAUUUUUUGUUACAUACAAGGAAAGUCUUUUAGAAAAAGCAGUAAUUUGUGUAGAUUAAAAAUAAAGAGUACAUGCAUAUGUAAUAGGAAAACAAACGCACAAUAACGCAAUCAACCGUAUUUGACGUGCAGCGCUAACACAUUUUUUCAUUGGAAAAAAGUGUAGCAAAAAGGCAGCAUUGGAAAAAGGCGCCGCAUACAAAUGGAAUUCUACCCCCACCAACAACAACCACAUACUACUCAGCAAGUGGACGACGGUUCUCUAUCCGGCCCGGCAACUAACACAAAUACUAUCAAUAGUAACAACAGCAAUAUCAAUAUUAACAACGUUCGUAGCACAAACAUUACCCCGCCCACCUCAAAUACAAUCAGUUCAGCAGCAGCAGCCGUUCCCGUCGACGCUGCCACUGUUGCUAUCGCCAAGGAUAUGCUCCAAUUGCAUCAUGGCAGUGGUACGGCACUAACCAAUAACAAUAAUAAUAACAGCAACAAUACUAGCAACAGCAGUAAUAACAACCAUAAUAAUAGCUCUGCCCUGGAGGCCAUGAAUACAACAUCAUCCUCUAACGCCAACACCAAUUCGGUAGGUGCUGCAGCUGGUAGCAGCAGUACAACCAAUAGUGGUGUCGGCGGAGCGAACGAUGGUUCAAUCAGUGCACCAACAACAUUGGUUACCAAUCACCCACCUGCCAAUGCCUCCGACGGCAACAGCAACACCACCAAUUCGGGUGGGAGCGGCACUGACGUUUCAACGGCACCAGACAAUGCGCUCGGUUUUCUAAAAUACGACCAGGAAUUGCUAUACAUCCUUGAGCCUAUAACUAUUAUCGGACGAAACUCGUCCACAUCACACGUGCACUUUCACGUCGCCGAGAACAAUUUGGUGUCGCGAAAGCAUUUUCAAGUUCUUUACGAUGGAAAUGCACGUGACUUCUUCGUGCAGUGUCUAAGUAAAAAUGGCAUUUUCGUUGAUGACUUCUUGCAGCGACGCAAUGCUGAUCCGUUGAGAUUGCCUAACAGCUGUUACUUUCGCUUCCCUAGCACCGAGAUACGCAUACAAUUCGAAAGUUUUGUACGCGGUAGCACUUCAAGUGCCGACGCUCUAAAUAGCUCGACCAGCAGUGGCACAUCCGUUCCGUAUCAUAACAACAGCCAUCAAAAUAUAGCUGUCCUACACAAUAGCACUGGAGUUAGUGGUGGUGGAGGUGGCGGCCCUGCUCAAUUUAUUAUUUCGCCUGCGCCACCCGAUGAUCAUCAUCAUCAUCCACAUGCGGUGACUGGUUCUUCAGCGCAUGCGUCAACACAUGGCUCUCAUCAUCAGCAACACCAUGUGUCCUCAAAUGCGGUGUCGUCGUCGACUCACUUGCUACCGCACAUGGAUAAUUCAAAUGUGUACUCGCCACUAAAGAUAUCCAUACCGAAGAAGGAGCAGAAGAGCCCAUAUUUAUCACCAACUGGUACAAUAAGUGCUGCUAAUAGUUGCCCAGCCAGCCCGCGUCAAGGUUUUCAUCAGAACCAAGCCAACUACAAUAAUUAUAGCAACAACAAUUUGCAAAACCAAGAUCUAUUCCAAACACCAUCGACAGCUAGCUACAACCACAAUGAGAAGCCACCAUAUAGCUAUGCUCAGUUGAUUGUACAAGCUAUAUCAGCAGCACCGGAUAAACAAUUGACACUAUCGGGCAUUUAUUCAUUCAUUGUAAAGCAUUAUCCGUACUAUCGUAAGGAAACUAACAAAGGUUGGCAGAACUCUAUUCGCCAUAAUCUCAGCUUGAAUAGGUAUUUCAUUAAAGUGGCACGCUCUCAAGAUGAGCCGGGGAAGGGCAGUUUUUGGCGCAUUGAUCCCGAUAGUGGCGCCAAGUUGAUUGAUCACAGCUACAAGAAACGCCGUCAGCGCAGCAGCCAAGGUUUUCGCCCAUCAUAUGGCAUGCCGCGUUCGGCACCGGUCUCACCGAGUCACAUGGACAAUUCGCGUGAGAGUUCACCUUUACAGGAUUUCGUUUUGCAAUCGGCCCCUGGCUCGCCUGGCAUGUCAAUCGAGCAGCGCGCUGCCGAUGGUGAUCUUAUGUACAACAAUACAACUCAGAAUAUGCACCAUUCGACGGCUAACAAUUCCCACAAUCAAUACAAUAGUAGCGGAAGCCCAUACUAUGUUUCAAAUCAAAAUUCAGCUAUAACCGGUGGACAACAACAUCAACAGCAGCAGCAGUUGCACAAUGAGAGUGGAGCUGGCAAUAUUGGCAAUAGCAGUGGAAAUGGUGUUGGCGCCUUGAUUGCACUCAAACGCAAUCAUGCAAUGGCAGCUGGCGCACAACAGCAGCAGCAGCAACAGCAGCAAGUGCAAACGUUGCAUCCUGACAUCAUAUAUGAGGAAAUGCCCACUGACUACAGUGGAAAUAUGGAAUCGGGCGAUGAAUGUGGCAGUAUUGGUGGUGGUGGUGGCAGUAGCGGUAAUGGUGGUGGCUCUAGUGAUGCUGCCAAACGACCCAAAUACAUUUCCGAAGUACUCUGAUGUGUUGCUGUUGCCGUUUCCGUUUCUUCUAAUGUUUGCAAGUAAAUAAGCAAAUUCAACAUAAAACAAAACAAUGAUAACAUUAACUAUUGACAAACAAUUGCCGCCACAAAAUACCCGUGCGAUCUCAAAUGCAUACUUUACAUAUAUACAUACAUACAUACAUACAUACAAACAUUUAUUUUAAAUGUAAAACCAAUUUGUUAUACACAAUGCCCAAUUCAUGAAUAGGUAAUAAUUUUCAAAUGGUUCCGCCUAUUGCUUUUCGCUCACGGUAUAUUUUAAAAGCACAUGCAAAAAAAAGCAUAUUGAAACCUUUUAUCAAGCUUUUAUUAGUAUUUAAAUAGCUAAUAGCGCAUUUGGUAUUUUUUAAGAAUUUUAUGUUUUGAUCAAAAACCGUCUCACCUUAAUUAAAUUGACUGCAAUUGUUACCUUAGUGUCACCUAAAAAAAUAUUAAUACCUUUCUGAAUUGGGCUAAAAACGUGAAAACACUAAACACAGCAGCGGCACAGCGCAGAGCAAAAGACACUGAAACACAUACAUACAAAAACAGAUAGAUACAAACAUUGCAAAAACUGUUGAUGGCGAAUUGCUUAAUGCGAAUGAAAAAUUAAUAUCACAACAAAACUUGUGGAACAAACAGGAAGACAACAAACAAUGAUAAAUCUUCAUUAUUACACCAUCGGUAUAUUGAAUUUAACAAGCGAAAUAUGUAAACAAAAAAGUAAUUGUUUUAUCGUUUUUAAUCUCUCUGAAAUAUGAAUAUACAAAUCACCCUUUAUUGCUUUAAUAUUUGUUGUAAUGAUUUAUUCGUUAAACGAUUAUCAAAAUUGUAGAUGUACUUGUGUACCCUGGACGAAUUCAAUAUGCUUGAUGAUGCUAUAUUAAACUACUUAGUAUGAAAAAAAGGGACAAAACAAGAAAAAAAGAAAACAAAUUAACUACUUAAAAGUUGAAAAAAAGCUAAAUACACACAAAAAAAUCAAAACAAAAAUAAAAAACAAAUUUAAGAAAUUGUAAACAAGCAAGCAUAUGAAAGUAGUACAUUUUAAAUGGUGGAAAUAAUAAUAAUUUAAUAUACAAGUAAUAAUAAAUAUACAAGCUAAAAAUAAAGCAGCAUGUUUGGAAGCAGGAAGCAUGGAAUGGUGGAUACAAAAGCAACAUCAAAAUAGGCAAGGAAAGGCAAAGCGAAACAAAAAAUUAAUAAAUCAUCGUUGUGUGGCAACUGAAAAGGAAGCAAAAGAAUUAAUUACCUAUCUCUACAUACCUACAAUUAUAUCGAACCUAAAUCUAGAAAAACAAAUUACAACUAAUAACAAAAAUUUUAAUUAUAAAGCAAGCAAGCAAACAAACAAAACCCCAACAAACAAAUUUAUGAUAAAGAUAUGUAUAAUGAUGAUUGCACUUUAUUUCUAUUAUAAUAAUAAUAAAGAAAACUCCAUUUCAAUGUUUGGACAAAAUGUGUAUUGAGAAAAAAUACAAAGAAUAUAGAUAA